CAUCCAGUGUCUGAAUCUGCAGGCCUAAUUAAUUAAGCUGAGCUCCACUGUCUCCACUCUCCGGUACACUACACACGUAGGUAUAUACCAUCCAACAUGGUGAAGGAAGAGCAAGGUGGCGAGGUGGCCAUGGCCGCCGCCGCCGCCGUCACGACGACGGUGGCGCCGGCGCUGCCGACGCAGGAGCACCGGCUGCCGCUGUCAAACCUGGACCUCCUCCUGCCGCCGCUCGACGUCAGCGUCUUCCUUUGCUACCGCCACCCGGCGCCGUCCGCGGCGGCGCUCAAGGAGGCGCUGGCGAAGGCGCUGGUGCCGUUCUACCCGCUCGCCGGCGAGGUCGUGGCCAACGGCGACGGCGAGCCGGAGCUGCUGUGCAGCGGCCGCGGCGUCGACUUCACGGAGUCGGUCGCCGGCGAGGAGAUGCGCGGGCUGCGGAUUGGCAUGGUGGACGAGCGCGUCGAGAAGCUGGUGCCCGCCAAGAAAGCCGCCAGCGUCAUGGCAGUUCAGGUGACCAAGUUCAAGUGCGGCGGCGCCGUCGUGGGCUGCACCUUCGACCACCGCGUCUGCGACGCCUACUCCUUCAACAUGUUCCUCGUCGCCUGGGCCGCCGCCGCCCGCGAUGGUCACGGCGGCGGCACCGCGCCGCCUCCGCCGACGAUCCCGUCCUUCCGCCGGUCCAUCGUCGCGCCGCGCGACCCGCCGCCGCCGCGCUCACCGUCCACCGACGCGCUGAUCGACCGCCUGUUCGCCCCUCUCGGCUCCGCGCCUCCGCCACCGGACGACGCCGCGGCGGCCGCCGUCAACCGCAUCUACCGCGUCGCCGCCGCCGACGCCGCCUCCCUGCAGGACUCGGCGGGGCCCGGGCGCACGAAGCUGGAGGCGUUCACGGCCCACCUGUGGCAGCUCAACGCCAGGGCGGCGGCGGCGGAGCGUGAGCGGCCGUGCUGCAUGGGCGUCGUCGUCGACGGGCGCGGCCGGAUGUUCCCGGACGGCGCCAUGAGGGCCUACUUCGGCAACGUGCUGACCAUACCGUACGGCGUGAUGGGCUCCGGCGAGCUGCGCGCCGCGGCGCUCGCCGACGUGGCCGGCGACGUGCACCGGUGGGUGGCGGAGGCGGCCACCGGCGACCACUUCCGCGGGCUCGUCGACUGGGUGGAGGCGCGGCGCCCCAAGCCGGCGGCGGCGAGGGCGUACCUGGGCGGCACCGGCGGCGGCGACGCGGCGGCGUGCAUCGUGUCGUCCGGGAUGGGGUUCCCCGUCGGCGAGGCCGACUUCGGGACGGGCGCGCCGGCGUUCGCGUCGUACCACUUCCCGUGGCCCGCCGGCGCCGGGUACGUGAUGCCGAUGCCCAGCGCGCGCGGCGACGGCGACUGGGUGGUGUACGUGCACGUGUCGCCGGAGUUGGCGGUGGCGAUGGAUGAGGAGCCCACCGUGUUCAGGUCGCUGGACAACAGCUACGUGUUCGGUUGACAAGGCCAUGCACGACAAAAUAAUUAAUGUCUAAUUAUAACGUGUCUAUCUUUUUUUUUCUUUCGAAUAAGAGAAUGUGUAUCAACUAUCGACUAUCGUCGUAUGGGAGUAGUAGUGUGUUAAGGGUGGAGUACCGUGUGAUAUCGCCAGAUACAUCAAUCUUGGCAUGAAACAGUGUGUGUGAAAAAAAAUAAAAUAACAGUCCAUGCAAUGUCACUGUAAUAACUAGAAAGUGUCAUGUAAUUAACGAAAUCUAUUCGAAAUCUAUUAAUCUUUGUACGUUGCA